AUGGAAACGCAUGCAUUGCCCAAAGACGUGAUAGACCUCCCUACCGCAGAUCACGAAUGUAUCUCUCGAUUUGGACGCGGCCCAACGCUUUCCGUCUCUCAUCAAACGGUCCAUGGCGCUUUCGAGAGUAUUGUUGAUGCGAACCCUAAUGUGGUGGCCGCUGUGCAUGGAUCCCACAACAUCACAUACCUGCAACUGGACCUCGCAGCUAAUCGCCUAGGACAUUAUCUCAUCGCUUCGGGACUUCAACCAAAGCAACGAGUAUGUAUUGUUGUGCAACGCUCGAUAGAGAUGCUUAUCGGCUUCUUUGCUGUCAUGAAGGCUGGCUGUCAAUAUGUACCGAUUGAUGGUGGCGUUGCAUCUGAUCAAUCUUUGCGGCAUAUUUUCGACGACACAGAAGCCAAGUUCAUUCUGUGUCUUCCCAAGUACUGGGAUAGGGCGAAACGCUUUGCAGGCCAGGAUGUCAUCGUCCUUGAGUUAGGUAUGAACACAGGGGCGUUCUACCCUCCUACUAGACCAGCGAUCGAAGUUACUGCGCAAGAUGGUGUUUAUGCGAUGUACACUUCAGGAAGUACUGGGGUACCCAAAGGCGUAGACGUCAAACACGGCACCAAGACGAACGCCCUUCUUUCGGAACCAGGCCGACUGGGUAUGACUGUCGGGUCAAAGAUUGGGCAAGUCCUGAGCAUCUCUUUCGCUAUGGGAGCAUGGGAGAUGCUCGGAUGUUUGAUGAAUGGAGGAACGCUUUACCUCAGGGGAUCUGACUGGCACGUAACGCUCAGCAAGAUCGACACUUUGAUAUGUACGCCCUCCAUUCUCGCGAAGUAUGAGCCAAAGAAUUACAUCAACAUCAAGACGAUUGCUGUAGCCGGAGAAGCAUGUCCACAAGCUCUUGCCGAUGCUUGGGGUCAAGACAGGACCUUCUGGAACCUACUUGGGUCGACAGAAACAUUUUUGGUCUCUGCACAACAGCACGUAGCAGGCAGGCCGUUGUCGAUCGGUCGACUCCUGCCCAAUAUAUCCUGCUACAUACUCGAUCAUUCGGGCAAACUCGCACCGUUCGGUCAUAAGGGUACGCUUUGGGUUGGCGGGGUUGGCGUCUCAAAAGGGUACAUCAACCUGCCUUUGACCACAGCCGAAAAGUUCCAACCCAAUCGAUUCGUGAACGAUGGUUCCAUGAUGUACGACUUCGGCAACAUUGUGUGUUGGAAAUCGGAUGGGACCCUGGACUCCUUUGGCCGUACAGAUGAUCAAGUCAAGAUCAAGGGGUUUCGUGUCGAACUCGACGGUGUUACUGCCAUCCUUGAGCAAUUUGUCGGCAUCACGCGAGCGGCUUCGCUCGUCGUAGAUGGGUCACUGCACGGCUUUUACGCGUCUUCCACAUCAAUCGAUGAGAACGAGCUCGAAGAGUUCGUCCGCAAACAUCUACCUUACUACUCCGUACCUGAACGAUGGCUACGAGUUGACGAUAUCCCUCUGAGCGCCAACGGCAAAGUCGACAAAACACAGCUGGAAUCCAUUGUGACAAAUGUCAAAAACACAGCGGCCGGCCUAGAGCACAUCAAAGUAACAUCUGCGAGAUCGAACAAAGCUGUCGAUACUCUCGCGGCACCAAUGAAGGUUGCCAUGCCUACCCCGAAAAUCGCUCAAGAAUCUUUCCGAGCACUAUGCGAUGACAAGUUCGACCUUGAGAAAGCAUUUCCUGUGAUAGACACCAAGUAUGGCUCAUCAGUGGAAUGCGCGACACCGCUCGAUAUGCCAGUCACGCUUUUGGAGCCCAGCAGCUCAUAUUUGACGGCUUGGCUGCGACAUCGUGCCCUUAUCAUGUACCGCUGCUUCCUCUUGCCAAUCGUAUUCGUCAACACUGGGUUGGCGGGCUGGCUACUUUACGACUAUGUCGAACGUGGCCGUUACCCGCUAUCGUCUGCCGCAACCGCUACCGCAUCGAAUCUCUGCGCUGCAAUUCUGAUACGGUCGGAGCCAGUCAUCAACUUGCUCUUUCAUGUCUUUUCCUCCGUGCCUACUUGGGCACCACUCAGGGUACGCCGACUUUGCGCGAACGUAUUCCACAUCGGUGGAAUCCACGUAGGCUGCGCCAUCGCUGCAGCCUUCUGGUUUCUGAUCUUCACCGUCGCUGCUGGCCUUGAGAUGCGGAAGGAUGUUGAUGAGAGAGCUAUUUCUGCCGCGCCUACAGUGCUUUCAUAUUUCAUCCUCAUCCUGUUGCUCUUUGUAACUCUGUCUUCGCACCCAGUUGUUCGCAACCGAUACCACGACCUUUGGGAGGCCAUACAUCGCUUUGGCGGAUGGACGCUGCUCAUCCUCUACUGGGUGCUGGUGGGCCUGACUACUAGAGAUAUGACCAUUGACCGCAACUCAUUGAGCUCAAAAUCGUACUUGCGGAAUCCAUCAGUCUGGCUUAUAGCAGUGGCAACCUGCGCGAUCGUCUUUCCGUGGCUGCUCCUCCGUCGCGUGGCUGUUCGACCAGAGGCUCUCUCUUCGCACGCUCUUCGCCUGCACUUCGAUUCUGACAUCGCACCAGGUAAGGGAGUACGCCUUGCCCAACAUCCGCUGCGCGACUGGCAUGGGUUUGCUACUAUCUCGAACGCGCCCAGCCAUAAGGGCUACUCUGUGAUAGUCAGUCGAGCUGGAGACUUCACAGGCAACAUUAUCGAUACAGCACCGACACACAUCUGGAGACGAGGCAUCCCUACCUCUGGCGUUUUGCGUAUAGCAACAUUGUUCAAAAGCGUUGUCGUAGUAGCCACAGGAUCUGGCAUCGGCCCAUGCCUAUCAAUUUUUCCCUACCAGAACGUCGCCAUGCGCAUCCUGUGGACUGCACCCAACCACGAGGCUACGUUUGGCAAAGCCGUCGUCGAUGCUGUCUACAGAAAAGACCCAAGGGCUGUCAUGUACAAUACUCGCAAGUCCGGCAAACCAGAUAUGAGUCUGCUGACGUAUAGGCUCUUCAAAGAGAGCGGAGCAGAAGCUGUGCUGAUCAUCAGCAACAAACGAUUCACACAACAGAUUGUAUUCGACAUGGAAAGGCGGGGGGUUCCGGCUUAUGGCGCAAUCUUCGAUUCUUGAGGUAUGAUAGGGUGGCAAAAGUCUGAUUGCCCCCCGGGAGAGCUGCUUUUUGACAGCACACGAAAAAGCAUACCAGGGACACAGGCGUUUCGUACAUCGCUCUUCAUCAAGCAACCGGUGUCAGCCCAGCUCAACUCCGUUUCCGCAUGUCGUAUGUCGCACGUAG